CUCAGAGAAGGGUUGGUGAGCUGAUGCGGGUGGCACAGACACCUUGUCUGCUCUGGUGGGACAGAGCGGGGUUACAAGGGCAAUGGAGUUCAGGAUAUUAGGAUAAAGAGACUGUGGACUAUGUAUUUUUCCUUACUUUCCUUAUGUAACCUGUAUCUGUGUUAUUUUGUAAGGUUCUGCUGCAUUGUACGAAGGUUUUGAUGGUCUCCUGCCAUAAUUUGCUUUGUCUUUUGAAUUAAAGAAUACCUGUUGUUUUGGUUUUACUGUAUAUGGAUAGAGUCUUGUUUUAAUGAUUAGAGUUGUACUGUUUUGAGUAAGAGAAGUCCUUUUCAUAUCCUGGAUAAAAAUCCCCUUAGUGCCAUUUCACCUAUGAAACUAACAAAUCUUUUGAAUGAGAAAUGUAAAAAUUGGGUGUAUUCACAAAUCCUCAUCCAUUCAGUGGCUCGUUAUUCUAAUAGAGGCUUUUUUCUGCCAACAUGUAGAUACUUGGAACUGGAUUCUAAUACUGGGCAGUGGUAUGGUGGAAAUCAGAAGACCCGAUUCGAGGCUGCCAUUCGUGGGAAGGGUGCGGGGCUGGCUGACAUUUGGAGGCUUACUGCUUGCUCAGCACUAGAAUAAUCAUGGGCCAGACUGGGAAGAAAUCUGAGAAGGGACCUGUUUGUUGGCGCAAGCGUGUAAAAUCAGAGUACAUGCGGCUGCGGCAGCUCAAGAGGUUCAGGCGGGCUGACGAAGUUAAGAGUAUGUUUAGUUCCAAUCGUCAGAAAAUUUUGGAAAGAACGGAAAUCUUAAACCAAGAAUGGAAACAGCGAAGGAUACAGCCUGUGCACAUCCUGACUUCUGUGAGCUCAUUGCGCGGGACCAGGGAGUGUUCAGUGACCAGUGACUUGGAUUUUCCAACACAAGUCAUCCCAUUAAAGACUCUGAAUGCGGUUGCUUCAGUACCCAUAAUGUAUUCUUGGUCUCCCCUUCAGCAGAAUUUUAUGGUGGAAGAUGAAACUGUUUUACAUAACAUUCCGUAUAUGGGGGAUGAAGUUUUAGAUCAGGAUGGGACUUUCAUUGAAGAACUAAUAAAAAAUUAUGAUGGAAAAGUACAUGGGGAUAGAGAAUGUGGGUUUAUAAAUGAUGAAAUUUUUGUGGAGUUGGUGAAUGCUCUUGGUCAAUACAAUGAUGAUGAUGAUGAUGAUGAUGGAGAUGAUCCUGAUGAAAGAGAAGAAAAACAGAAAGAUCUAGAGGAGAACAGAGAUGAUAAAGAAAGCCGCCCACCUCGGAAAUUUCCUUCUGAUAAAAUUUUUGAAGCCAUUUCCUCAAUGUUUCCAGAUAAGGGCACAGCAGAAGAACUAAAGGAAAAGUAUAAAGAGCUCACCGAGCAGCAGCUCCCAGGUGCGCUUCCUCCUGAAUGUACCCCGAACAUCGAUGGACCAAAUGCUAAAUCUGUUCAGAGGGAGCAAAGCUUGCAUUCAUUUCAUACGCUUUUCUGUAGGCGAUGUUUUAAAUAUGACUGCUUCCUACAUCCAUUUCAUGCAACACCCAAUACUUACAAGCGGAAGAACACAGAAACAGCUCUAGACAACAAACCUUGUGGACCACAGUGUUACCAGCACUUGGAGGGAGCAAAGGAGUUUGCGGCUGCCCUCACUGCCGAGCGCAUCAAGACCCCGCCCAAGCGGCCCGGGGGCCGCAGGAGAGGCCGGCUCCCCAACAAUAGCAGCCGGCCCAGCACCCCCACCAUUAACGUGCUGGAGUCCAAGGACACGGACAGUGACAGGGAAGCGGGAACUGAGACGGGCGGGGAGAACAACGAUAAGGAGGAGGAGGAGAAGAAGGACGAGACCUCCAGCUCCUCGGAAGCAAAUUCUCGGUGUCAAACGCCAAUAAAGAUGAAGCCAAACAUUGAGCCUCCCGAGAACGUGGAGUGGAGCGGCGCCGAGGCCUCCAUGUUCCGGGUGCUCAUCGGUACCUACUAUGACAAUUUCUGUGCCAUUGCCAGGCUCAUCGGGACCAAGACUUGUCGGCAGGUGUAUGAGUUCCGCGUCAAAGAGUCGAGUAUCAUUGCUCCAGCCCCGGCCGAGGACGUGGACACCCCCCCAAGGAAGAAGAAGAGGAAGCACCGGUUGUGGGCGGCACACUGCAGAAAGAUACAGCUGAAAAAGGACGGCUCCUCUAACCACGUUUACAACUAUCAACCCUGUGACCAUCCACGGCAGCCUUGUGACAGUUCGUGCCCUUGUGUGAUAGCACAAAAUUUUUGUGAGAAGUUUUGUCAGUGUAGCUCAGAGUGUCAAAACCGCUUUCCCGGGUGCCGCUGCAAAGCGCAGUGCAACACGAAGCAGUGCCCGUGCUACCUGGCCGUGCGCGAGUGCGACCCCGACCUGUGCCUCACGUGCGGCGCCGCCGACCACUGGGACAGCAAGAACGUGUCCUGCAAGAACUGCAGCAUCCAGCGCGGCUCCAAGAAGCACUUGCUGCUGGCGCCGUCUGACGUGGCAGGCUGGGGGAUUUUCAUCAAAGACCCUGUGCAGAAAAAUGAAUUCAUCUCGGAGUACUGUGGAGAGAUUAUUUCUCAAGAUGAAGCAGACAGAAGAGGGAAGGUCUACGAUAAAUACAUGUGCAGCUUUCUCUUCAACUUGAACAAUGAUUUUGUGGUGGAUGCAACCCGCAAGGGUAACAAAAUUCGUUUUGCAAAUCACUCAGUAAAUCCAAACUGCUAUGCAAAAGUUAUGAUGGUUAACGGCGAUCACAGGAUAGGGAUUUUUGCUAAGAGAGCCAUCCAGACCGGCGAAGAGCUGUUUUUUGAUUACAGAUACAGCCAGGCUGAUGCCCUGAAGUACGUGGGCAUCGAAAGAGAGAUGGAAAUCCCUUGACGUCUGCUACCUCCUCCUCCCCCUCCUCCUUUCUGGAACAGCUGCCUUAGCUUCAGGAACCUCGAGUACUGUGGGCAAUUUAGAAAAAUAAAAUGCAGUUUGAAAUUCUGAAUUUGCAAAGUACUGUAAGAAUAAUUUAUAGUAAUGAGUUUAAAAAUCCACUUUUUAUUGCCUUCUCACCAGCUGCAAAGUGUUUUGUACCAGUGAAUUUUUGCAAUAAUGCAGUAUGGUACAUUUUUCAACUUUGAAUAAAGAAUACUUGAACUUC